GAAAAGGGUGGGAGAGGUUCGGUCACGUGAGACACAAAACAGGCCAGAAUUUAAGGGAAGCGGGAAAUAAGAAUAAUAAAAUGCUUCAUUUGAGAGAAGGCGGAGGGAUACGUAGUUUCCUUGCGGGUGAGGAGGCUUGUUUGAACGGAGAGCGCGAGAAAGAGGCAGUCGAGCUGAGGCAGGCGGAGGGAGAGGAUGUCUUAGCUGAAGGUGCUUUACUGAGGCAAGCUGUUCCUCGCCAAAGGCCUCAAUGGCAAGUUUGUCCACACACAACACGUGCGCCUCCCCAAAGAGGCCCAGCGCCGUGGAAAGGCCCACCUAUUUGACCCCUCGCCAGAGUGGACUGGGACCAAAACAAGGCCUUGAAAGCACUGCAAAGCCUCUCGAUUUCUCUACUCUGACAGCAGCUGAUUUUGGCAUUACCCCGGAGUCGUUUACAAAACAAACGAAAGGACAAUCUAAGAAUGUUUUAAACAAACUCGGGCGUCGAUCAACAAUUGGAAUUCGGGGGUCACCAGAAAAUAAUUCUCUUAUCCGGUACAUUGCUUACCAACGGCGAGCAAGGAAGCAAGACGCCUUGCUGCAGGCUAGCCCUUUUACCCAUCAGAACACUUUUCUAAAGGAUAAAAUCGCUGCCUUCCAGUCGUCUUUUAAGUCACCUGAGGAAACUGAGGAAAGACAAAUCCAUGUAGCUGAAACCUCUAAAGAAAUCAAUGCAGGACCACAUGAAGAAUUGGAAGAGGACCAGAACUUGCCAUUAGUAUGUGGAACACUUACUUUUGAGGAAAAUACAACAGUUAAAUCUUUAAAUGGAGGGAAAACUUCCCCUGAUAUACAAGAACACAAUAUCGUGUCACCAUCAUCAAAGCCUUUCCACACUGACACAGGUGAAACUACAAAGGCACUCCCUGGCUUGCUAGCAAGUAGUGCAAAAUCUGGAGGCAUGAUUUUGAAAACUACACUAUGUAAGGGCGUAUCAAGGACUCCAUGUGGUAAGCAGUUCUCACAUGCCAGUGACGAAGUAAACCAGAGUGCUACAAUUCAGAAGAACUGUAAGAAAGUUAGAUUUGCAGAGCAACAAAGCUUGGAAUUAUUUGAUGAAACCAAGCCUCCUGUCACACCUGUGCAAAGAAAUCGUUUGUCUUUCUGUUCUGCUCAUCCUGUUUUGAAGAAAAGACGAGUAGAAACUGGAGAUAAGGAAGUUGGCAUUGAACACCAUCUUGAGCACAUUUAUGAUACAAAGGAUGAAUUUUCAGCAGAUCCUGGCAGUACAGCUAAUGAAAGAACUACCAAAUCAGAUGAAGUAAUUAUAAAGAAUGAAGAUCUAGACUCUGAUGAUAUUCCAUUACAUAAAAAAAGAGUUCUACUCAGUUCUUCAGUUUCAAGAGGAAGUUCUCCAAACAUGAGUCCUGAGAAGGAAUCCUUUUCCCAAUCAGAUGUUGAUCGCAAUGAUAAUCAAGAAGCAUCAAAAGGUACAGAAAGCGCUGCAGACGAUCAUCUGGAAGAAACAAGCAAACAUUCUUUUCACAUCCAAGAUCCUGCACGUAGAAUAACGAGAUCGUCUGCUAUAAAUCAGCAUUACAGCAAAAUAGAAGAAACAGAUUUUACCCUUGCAAGCAAAAUGCAAAUCAAGAAUUCCAAACACAAAGCCAAUAAAAUUCAAAAGACUGCACCUGAAGCAAAAUCUGUUCAGAAAAAGAAACCAGCUGCUAAAUGCAGGGUUUUUGGAAAGAGGAGAAAGAGAAAAAAGAAGCAAAAAGCAUUGUAUGGACAGCGAGAAACUGCAUCAAAGACACCUCUUUUGAGUCCAAUUCUUGAGGUGACAGAAGAUAUCUCAUUUGGGUCAUCUUAUCAGCACACACCCGAGUCAUGCAUUUCAAUCUUUGAUUCUGUCUUAGAUGAUUCCAUUUUGAGUGACCUUCGUGGAGAAUCUGAGAAUGGAAGAGAUGAAAACAGUUGCAUCCUGCGUAAUGAUAGCGAAGAUGGUGACUCCCUGCAUUCUAGUCUGUGCCUUUUAAAGGAAUUGGACAUGUCAACCUCAUUCUCGCCGCUUGCAGAUGAUGAUGCAAAUGUUUUGAAAAAUAUGCUUCCCUUGGAGUCACCUAAACAAAAAUCUCCUAAGAAAUUGAAGAUUAUCUUAAAUGAAAAGGAAGAGGCUUUGAAUAGUGACUAUAGUUCAGGAAUAGCGAAGAAGCAGCAGAAACAUGAGAUCCUACACUCACCAAGAGCUGAAGGGACUGCACUUUUUAGCGUAGAAUCUGCAGCCCAAUUAGGGAGUGAGAGUGGCAGCAUGAACCGCAACAAGAUUCCAAAAAGAAAAUGUAGAAGACAAAGCUUUCAUCUUCUAAAUCAUUCUGAAACACCUGGAAACAUUCACAGUAUUCCUGAAGGCAAUAUGGAAGAGCUUUCCCUUGCACCAGCUGACUCUGAACUCUUACAUAGCAUACAAUGCAGUAUAGAGGCCUCCUUCAGUAGUACCUCCAGAAGGGUGAGGCGCAGCAUGAGAAGGGAUAAAAAUGCAGAAAAGGAGGGACUGGCCUGGAUUCAGAUACCUGAUUCAGCCUGCGGCAUCAAGAGAAGACUGUCCUCCAUUCCUCAAGAAUCGGAGCUGCUUCCUCAAAAGGAAGCCAUUAGCAUCCAGUUGCCCUUCCUGAUGAGCGAAGAGCAGGAAAAUGCUCAUGUUCCAACUGGCCCUUAUAAGGUAAAGAAAAGGAAGAGCAUUGGCGUGCUCAGUGCUAAAGAAAACAACAAUGUUGUCUUGAAGGCCCAGAGAAGCAGAAGAGCGAGUCUUGGAUACAAAAGCGAUUACUGCUAUUGAAAGGAAAGGAGCACAUUUAAAAAAAAAAUAAUUUAAGACUAUCCCUAUUUGAAGGGGGAAGGUUAGCCAGAUAUGAGAAAUGAAACCGGAAUAAUUUGGAUUUUUGAAAAAGGUUAAGGAAAUCAUUAUUGAUGCUGCACAGAGAAAAUGUUGACAAAAAGUGCAUGCACUAAGAAGAAAAAUACAGAAGGGAAAUAAAGGAUACACAUGAUGGAAGUUUUAAACAUAUAGUUUAUUGCAUAUAGCUGAUAAAAUUCAGACUUAAGUUUUUGGACUGGCAUCUAAUGUUUCCUUAUUCAGAAGAAUAGUGUCAGAGAACUGAUUGUCAGCUGGUAAUAGCAAAGAAAUGACAAUGGGAAAGUCUCAGCUCAUGUAGGUUUCAUAUGACAUGCACAGAAUUCUGUGCACAUUUAAUUUUGGGCUAAAUUGCUCUUUUGAAAGGGCUUGUUCACCAUUCAACCUAAAACGCUAGCAUUGGGAUUAGGUUGAUUAAUGUCUCUCUCAAAUAUACACACCUCUGGGGAGUUUUUAAAAAGAACUUUUAUUGUUCCAAAUUAGUCUUCGCUAUUGGGAGAGUUAAAAUAUAUAAGCUUUGAAAUUAUUGUUAAAAGUGGUAAAAUGUUUAAUGGGGUGAGAUUCUUCAUACACCAACUUGCUAUAUUUUUAAAAAUUAAAGUUGUAUAUUAAUCUACUGAUGUGUAUAUAAAAUGGUGUUUACCACUGCCCAGAAAAUUGGUUUUCUGUUCCUGUCACUGAUCACUGCAAUAGCUUAUAAGAAAAUUUUAUUGCAUACAUUGUAGAAUUAAAAUCUCAUUUUCAUUUCAAAAGUCUUGGCUUUUUAUAAUGACCUAUUGAGUAUAUUUUCUUUCUUGAAUUUGUUCUGUCUAAAUAUUUUAUGGUCUAUCUUUAACAUAGGCAACCUAUAUCUUUCUAAACUUGGACAGUUUAAUUUCAAGUUGAAAUUUUCUUUUCAAGGCUUGUAUCUCCAGUGUAUCAGAAGAGGGCAGUAUGGCAUGCCUUUUAAAAAAGAGAUGUGGGUUUUUUUGAGUUGUCUUGUAAAAGGCACUGUAUAUCUAAAUCCUCUUUCUUGAAGUUAAAAUAAAGUAACAACUGAAUGUAAAAGUGGCAGUAGUUGGGAAACCAAUCCAUCAAAUGUUAGUUUUUAUUGUAACUCCAUUGAAAUAAAUGAGACUUAAUAAUAAUUUCAAUUGAAUUUUCAGCAAAUGCUAAACUUCGCCCAGCUCUUUUGGUUUCAGAGGCAGAAUCUGAAUCAGUCUUACCUGUUAUUGAAAUCUAUGAUGGUACAAACUAUAUUAUCAAUACUCUGACCAAACAAAAUAAACUUUUUGUGUGCCUGA